CAUUUAGAAAGGAAAUUUUGAAAUUUCAAAUUCAACAAUAACGAUAAUCGUUAUUUGAUUUCGCCGAAAUAAAUACAAUAUUUUUCUUGUUUUACCUCAGUACUAGUAUAUAAUUCUUGCUCAGGUAAAUGCGAUUUGCGAUUGUGUAAAUUUAGUGCAAAGUAUGGUAUUUUUGAUUGCUGUAUUUUAAAGUUAUAUGGAUACAUAACCUAAAACCAGAAUGGAAACUAAAAGCGAAAUAUUUGCCCAACGUUUGAUAAAAGCAGUAAUAUGGAAUAUAUGUCUACAAACUGUAAUCGCCAUACUAUUGGUAUUUUUUAUUCAAGUCGAUUUGAUUCAUCCUAUAACGUGGGUAAUUUCUACAUUGGAUGAUAUAUUCAGCUGGAAGAUGAGUCUUAACAUCGUACUUCUUGGAUUAGUGUCUUUUUUUCAAGCUUACAUUUACGGAAGUCAGUACUCGAUGCCUGUGCCAAAAUACUUCACCAGAAUAUCAAUGUUUUUGAACAUGUUCUCCAUACAAAACAUCAUUUUUAGUACACUGUAUGCUCUAAAUGGAUACUUUACAAUGAGCUUGUAUUCAUCAUUGGCGAAGAGUAACUUUAAUGUUUUGAAGAAGAAAUGUGAAAACUAUGAUGGACAAUGCUUGAUGGAACAAAGUUUAUUUUUGCAAAUUGGUGGUAUGUGGAUGGGCUUAUAUUAUUUUACUAGAUCUCAUUUGUUUGGUGCUACAGUUUUAACAUUCCCACAUAUUUAUCAAGAGAAAUUUCAACAGAUCAAACUAGUUAUCAGCAACAUUUUAUCUACGGGGUUCCAGCAUUCAAUGACACCAGUCGCUUACUAUUGUGUUUUUUACUAUAUAUGGGGCAGCAAGCCGAGAAGUGUUAUAUCUGAUGUUUACAGUUUGUACUUGGAAGAUCCACCAUUAGACAAUAUUAUUAAUUUAAUAAGCUCUGGAAUUUGGAUUGGACUUUGGUUUUAUACAAGCUUGUUUUUUAUUUCUAUUUAUACUAUGAAAACAGUUUUCAACAUAGUACUUACAGAACCAAUGAAGUUUCCUAUCGAGUCUGAUACACACAUGACAUUGAAUACUGCUCUCUCUCAAAGAUUCCAGUUCACUAGUUACUUGGGAGCGCUGGACUUAAAGAAUAUGUCAAUAACAGAUCCUGUAAGGAGAAGUCAAAUUUUUACACUUUCCCAGCCAGGUGGACAUCCAAAGAAUUGGAAUAAUUUGUUAGAGAAAUGCUUGUAUAUUAUAAAUGAAUUUAAUAAGGAGUUAGAUAGUAUUAAUGGAGAUUCUAAUGCAGUUGAAGCGAACUCAAAAGGUAGAAAUGUGUUUAAUAGAGUACCACCACCAGCUAGUCCACCACUGCAAUAUACUGUCACACUACGGAAUAUGGCUCAGUCUCCCAAACUGCUACAAUUGAAAGACCAUAAUAAGAAUACUGUUGAUGAUACAUUUGCUACUGCCAUGAAAGAGGAGUUUAAUGGUUUUCUUCAGAAGCUAUGCCAGAAACCAGGCAUUAGUUACUUCUUUGGAGAGCUUGUUGAUACUAAGUUGAAAUUUAUUCUUAUUCAAGCACAGCCAGUCCUGUGGACAUGCGAAGGUCUUGCCUACAUUGUUUCAUCAUCCUUAAAAGAAGAUAAAUAUGGUGUGGUACAGCAUGAUUUGCCCACAGUAUUAUCAGCAUUUGUAACUCUUAAGCAGAACCUAGAUAAAUUGACUAAACCUGGCCUUGUGCCCAGAAAGCAUAUUCUUAAUGACACACUUGCAAUAAAAAUAAGAUCUGCUCUUUUGUCAUCGGUUAAAAGGAGCUUAUAUAAAAUUGUGCUUACAUUUUCAAAAUACAUUCAUGAGAUACCACUAGACCCUGAUGUUCAAACUGCUAUUCAAUCAUUUAUUUUAUGUAGAGAACCAUGAAUGUGAUAUUUUGUACCUAGUUUAUUUAAUAAAUAUUUUUUGUAUUAACUUUU